CCCAUAUAUCUACAGUAAGGGUGCCUAGAUCAUAAAUUCUUUCCUCUGCUGUUCUUCAAUCCUCUCGUUUCGACUCGCGGCACGCCAACAUGAUCAUCGACAAAACCCUCUCGUUGAUACUGGGCAAAGCCCAGGAUGCGCCCGUGACAUUCGUCGCAUACUUCGCGGCUGCUUCCGCGCUGGUAUAUCUUCUCCUCACCGAGAUCCAAAGGGCUCAAGUGCGAAUCCCCGGCUUCAAAGGACCCUCGGGCUUGCCGAUGAUAGGGAACAUCCAUCAAAUCCGCGUGAACGCAGCAGAACAGUACCGACAAUGGGCCAAGAAGUUCGGUCCCGUCUACCAGAUCAUGCUGGGCAACGUGCCUGUGAUCGUGGUCAACUCAGCAAAGUCGGCACGCGAGAUCUUUGGCGCAAACUCGCAGGCCCUCGCGUCGAGGCCCGAAUUCUACACGUUCCACAAGGUGGUCAGCUCCACGUCCGGCACGACCAUCGGCACGAGCCCGUUCACUGAGAGUCUGAAACGGCGCCGAAAGGGUGCCGCGAGUGCCCUCAACAAACCCAGCGUGGCGACGUACAUACCCCACAUCGACGUCGAGACGCGAGACUUUCUCAACGAGUUCUUGACCUAUGGCGACGGUGGCCGCAAGCCGGUCGACCCCAUGCCCAUGAUCCAGCGGCUGUCGCUGUCGCUCGCUCUGACCCUAAACUGGGGCACGCGCAUGGCGAGCCAGAACGACGAGCUGUUCGGCGAGAUCACGCACGUCGAGGAGGAAGUGUCCAAGUUCCGGUCGACGACGGGCAACCUGCAAGACUACAUCCCCCUGCUGCGCCUGAACCCGUUCAACUUUGGCAGCGCCAAAGCCCGCGAGAUGCGCCACCGGCGCGACGUCUACCUCAAGAAACUCAACGACGACCUCGACGACCGCAUGGCGAAAGGCACGCACCAGCCGUGCAUCCAGGCCAACGUGAUCCAGGACAAGGAGACCAAGCUCAACCACGAGGAGCUGGUGUCGAUCAGCUUGACCAUGCUGUCAGGCGGCCUGGACACUCUCACGACGCUGGUGGCGUGGAGCAUGGCGCUGCUGGCCGAGCGGCCCGAGAUCCAACGGAAGGCCCUCGAAGAGAUCCGCGCCGUGUACCCCGGAGACGACCAGAUCCUGUGCGACGCCAACGACGACCAGGGCAUCCCUUACAUCGUGGCGCUCGUGCGCGAGCUGCUGCGGUACUACACCGUACUGCGGCUGGCUCUGCCUCGCGCCACGGUCAAGGACAUCGUGUACAACGGCCACACCAUCCCGAGCGGCAGCGUCGUGUUCCUCAACGCCUGGGCCUGCAACAUGGACGCCGACGUCUGGUCGGACCCGGAGGUGUUCCGUCCCGAACGCUGGCUCGAACAGCCCGACGCCCCCAUGUUCACCUACGGCCUGGGGUACCGCAUGUGCGCCGGCAGCCUGCUGGCCAACCGCGAAAUGUACACCAUCUACCUGAGGUUGCUGAGCGCGUUCGAAAUCACCGACCUCAAGGCCGUCGACGGCGGCGAGAUGAACACCCACCCGGUCGACGGCGUCAUCGACCCCACCCAGCUGGUCAGCGUGCCGAAACGCUACACGGUCAGGGUGGUGCCGAGGGACGAGGCGGGAUUGAAAAAGGCCUUGAGCGAGUACGAGGACCACCAGCAUUGAUUUGCGAUCAGUCAGCGCUCUCGGAUCGAGUGGCGGGCUGUGGAAAAUGAGUCGACGUUUACGGUUUUCUUUUUCAUUCUGCAGUCCGGUGUGGUGGUGAAUUCUCUUCGCACUUUCGAGGAGAGAAACGGUUUCAGUCUCAGAAUGGUGCGGGUCUCUUGAAAAGGAGUUACGAUGCCCUCCUUUUGACAAACAAUUGUGUAUACAUACCUAUUCACAACGUACAUAUCAAUACCAACACAAUGCAUGUACUUUGUCUCUCACAUGAUCAUCU